AUGACAUCAUUAACUUGCUGUCACGAGCGUUUAGAUGAACUCGGUAAUACCAUGGCCUCAACGAACACUCGCCUAGCUUCUGUUGAACAACAACAGGCCGAUAUACAUCCACUAAAAGAAGCAGAGCAUAUCAAAAACUUUACAUACUUUACGAUUGCAUUAAAACGUAUGGCAUUUGACUUGGAUGUAAUUGUUUUAACGGAAUGUCGUAUUGCAGAAUCUUCUAUUAUCCCGGUACUUCCAGGAUACAUAUCGUACAGAACUCAUAAAAUAACCAAUCAAAAUAGUGGUGUAGUAGUGUACAUUAAAGACGCAUGGAACUCAAAUGUUACAGAGCCAGUCUUUAACGAAGCAGACUGUCUAAUAAUAGAAAUACCACACUGUUAA